AUGUCACUAGUACAUGGUGGUCCAGCCAUCAGAUGCUUUUCUCCAGGGUUAUAUCAUUCAUUAGUGCAUGGUGUUCGUUCUGCUUCUGUAGAUAUAAGUGAUGUUUAUGACCCUGAUUUAAGGAAUUAUUUAUUGGCAUUGAUCAAUUGUCAAUCUGUACCUGAUGCCCAGACUUGUCUUACUCAACCUUCUUUCCAGACAGUUCUCGAUUUAGCUGGUACAUUAAAGCAAGUUAAAUCUUUGGAUGACAUUCAGAUGAUUGCAAAUGAAUCUGCUCGAUGGUUCCUUUUAGGAAGGGUUUGUUCAUCUUUGGAACGUUUGAAAGAUGGUUUAAAUGUUCUUGGUGUGCUUGGAGCAGUUUUUGAGAAUCCUGAUAUAUUUCGCCCUGCAUUUUGUUAUGUUCCUCAACCAUUGACAGUUGAUCUUCUUUCUUCUCUGUUUACAAAUACUACUCGAAGUGAAUUGGGAUCAAAUGCCCAUGCCAAAGAGUCUUUAAUACUUUCCUUCUGGAAUGACUACCUCCAGGAUGUCGAGGAACAUACUGUUGAUGAGUUUUAG